AUGGCAAUAAAUACUCGAUUAUUAUCCAUCACUGCCGGAUCUCUUUUAUGCUUAAGUUUUAUACUUUUCAUUGUUAGCAAUGCAGUUCCAAUUUGGAGUAAAUUUACAUAUGAAUCUGCAGAAAUCACAUAUGGUCUUUGGCGUGCCUGUAGUAGUGCUUCGAAUAUAAAGACAUGCGUUGCUAUAUCGUGCUCGUUGGAAAGCGGCGAAACUAGUUCGUGCAGUAAAAUUUUAGCUGCUAGAGCUUUUGUUACUCUAGCUUGUAUUCUGUCUGGUAUUUCUGCAAUAUGCCUUGCCGUAUAUGCAAUACAAGGUGACAAAACACCCCGAAUAUUACUCUUAGCAACCAAAGGUCUUGUUUUUGUUUGUCUUAUUAUGGGAAUUAUUGGUGUUGCAGUUGGUAUCAAUGCUAUCGUUAACGGAGGGAGUUUAAUUAAAUUAGAUUUCGGUGCUGCUGCGAUUAUAGGAAUCGUUGCAAUUAUUAUUAACUUCAUUGGUGCUAUUGUAACGGCACUAAUCAGAUCAUAG